AAUGGGAUUAAUUAUAGAGACUAGAGAGUGUACUAAUCAAAGAAUAAAAAAGACAGGGACUUGGAACUUGCGUCAAUGAGGAAUUUGACAUGAAAUUCAACCACGACGGCCAUUUGCUCUCUGUCUCUCUCUCUCUUUCACUACUCAUCAUGAGAUGCUUCCUUCGUCCCUUUAAUCUUUUCGGUUUUGGUUUACAGCUCUUUUGAUUGCUCUGUUUCUCUCUAAGAAGAAGAAGAAGAAGAGUAAUAAAGCUUUCACCUUUACUCUUAAAGUUCCAACUUUUAUAUUUUGGGUUAUUUUCAGCGUUCAUGUCCUCUGCUUUGACACUCUGAGAUCUUAAAAAAAAAAGGAAUCUAUGGAGGAAGCAAGAAGAUUUAGCCCCAAUAACGAACUAGAUGUUGGCCAAAUACUCUCAGAAGCUCGAAAUCGAUGGCUUCGUCCUCCUGAAAUCUGUGAAAUUUUACAGAAUUACCAAAAAUUUCAAAUCUCAACCGAGCCACCUACUACACCUGCAAGUGGAUCUGUUUUUCUAUUUGAUCGAAAGGUGCUCAGAUUCUUCAGGAAAGAUGGUCACAAUUGGAGGAAGAAAAGAGAUGGAAAGACAGUGAAAGAAGCUCAUGAGAGGUUGAAGGCGGGAAGCGUUGAUGUUCUACAUUGUUACUAUGCCCAUGGACACGACAAUGAAAAUUUUCAAAGACGCAGUUACUGGAUGCUUCAGGAAGAGCUUUCCCACAUAGUUUUUGUCCAUUAUCUCGAAGUUAAGAAUCAGGGAAGUAGAGUUUCGACAUCUUAUAAUCGGAUGCAAAGGACUCCAGAUUCUGCUCAUUUUUCUCAUGAAUCUGGGGAAGUCUUCACCAGUGAACGUGAUGGUUAUGCUUCUGGCAUAAUUAAUCAAUAUGAUCACAGCAAUCACUCGCAAGCUACUGACUCAGCAAGUGUCAAUGGUUUUCAUACCCCAGAGCUUGAAGAUGUUGAAUCAGCAUACAAUCAGCCGGGAAACUCCAUAGUUUACUCACAUCAGCACCCUGCAAGUACUGGUUUUGAUCCUUACUAUCAGAUGUCUUUGACGCCCAGGGAUAGUUAUCAGACAGAGCUUAGCAGAGUCCCCAUAAUAACAGACUCUUCCAGAACUAUCAACGGUCAUGGAGCAACAAAUGGCUUACGAAACAAAAAGUCCAUUGAUUCCCUAACUUGGGAAGAGAUUCUUCUGGGAAAUUGUGGCUCUGGAGCUGAAGAAGGUUUACCUUUGCAGCCAAACAGUGAGAAUGAUGAAGUACUGGAUCAAAUAAUCGAGGACUCCUCUUUUACUAUGCAAGAUUUUGCCAGUCUACAGGAGUCCAUGUUGAAAAGCCAGGAUCAGGAGUUAAAUGGUUUAGCUUCGAGUGAAAAAGCUCCAUAUCUAUCUACGAUGAAACAGCAUUUGUUAGACGGUGCAUUGGGUGAAGAGGGCCUGAAAAAAGUGGACAGUUUCAGUCGCUGGAUGAGCAAAGAACUUGGAGAACUAGGAGAUGUUGGUGUUAUUGCUGAUGCAAACGAGUCUUUUACUAAUUCCAGUUCAACAGCCCUGGAUGGAUAUGUUAUGAGCCCUUCCCUAUCAAAGGAACAGCUCUUUAGCAUUAUUGACUUUGCUCCAAACUGGACUUAUGUUGGUUGUGAAGUGAACGUUCUUGUCACUGGAAAAUUCUUAAAGACUCGAGAGGAGGCUGAGACAGGAGAGUGGUCUUGCAUGUUCGGGCAAACGGAAGUUCCAGCAGAUGUUAUAGCCGAUGGCAUUCUCCAGUGUGUGGCUCCUGUGCAUGAAGCUGGAAGAGUUCCCUUUUAUGUAACAUGUUCCAACAGAUUAGCAUGCAGCGAAGUGCGUGAAUUCGAGUAUAAGGUUUUGGAGUCUCAAGCUUUUGGUAGAGAGACAGAUGAGUCUACUGCUUGCAACAACUCUAUUGAAAGCCUCGAAGCAAGAUUUGUCAAACUCUUGUGCUCCAAAUCUGAUGAUUAUUCCCGGAGCUCGAAUAAUGCUGGUGAUUUGUCCCAAGUGAGCGAGAAGAUUAGCUUACUGCUUUUCGAGAACGAUGACCAGCUUGAUCAGAUGCUGAUGAACGAGAUCUCCCAAGAGAAUAUGAAAAACAACCUUUUGCAGGAAGCUCUGAAAGAAAGCUUGCACUCUUGGCUUCUGCAGAAGAUAGCAGAAGAAGGUGGAAAAGGUCCCAACGUGUUGGACGAAGGUGGGCAAGGUAUAUUGCAUUUUGCAGCUGCUCUUGGUCACAACUGGGCAUUAGAACCGACGAUAGUGGCUGGUGUCAGCGUUGAUUUUCGCGAUGUAAAUGGUUGGACUGCACUUCAUUGGGCAGCUUUCUUUGGCAGGGAGCUGGUGAUUGGUUCUCUCAUAGCUCUCGGUGCUUCUCCUGGAACUUUGACAGAUCCAAAUCCAGAUUUCCCAUCAGGGAGCACACCUUCUGAUCUAGCCUACGCUAACGGUUACAAAGGGAUCGCUGGUUAUCUCUCAGAGUAUGCCUUAACGGCUCAUGUUUCUUUGCUCAGUCUAAAUGAGAGCAACGCAGAAACAUCUCUACCUAGUCCGUCUAGCUCGUCGUUAACAGACUCGUUGACAGCUGUGCGUAACGCUACACAGGCAGCUGCUCGGAUUCAUCAGGUUUUCAGGGCUCAGUCUUUCCAGAAGAAGCAGCUAAAAGAGUUUGGAGAUAGAAAGUUUGGGAUGUCAGAAGAGCGUGCUCUUUCAAUGCUUGCUCCUAAAACAACGCACAAACCAGGACGAGCGCAUAGCGACGAUUCCGUGCAAGCCGCUGCUAUCCGGAUUCAGAACAAGUUCCGUGGUUACAAGGGGAGAAAAGAUUAUUUGAUUACUAGACAAAGAAUCAUCAAAAUACAGGCUCAUGUAAGAGGUUAUCAGGUUAGGAAAAACUACAGGAAGAUAGUAUGGUCAGUGGGGAUAUUAGAGAAGGUGAUAUUGCGUUGGAGAAGGAAAGGAGCUGGUUUGCGAGGGUUUAAAUCAGACGCACUUGUUGAUAAGAUGGAAGAUGGAACAGAGAAGAAAGAAGAGGAUGAUGAUUUCUUCAAGCAAGGUAGAAAGCAAACCGAGGAAAGGCUUCAGAAGGCUCUUGCAAGAGUUAAGUCAAUGGCUCAGUAUCCUGAAGCUAGAGAUCAAUACCGUAGAUUACUUAAUGUAGUCAAUGACAUCCAAGAAAGCAAGGUUGAAAAGGCCCUUGAGAAUUCAGAAGAAGCAACUUGUUUUGAUGAUGAUGACCUAAUAGAUAUUGAAGCAUUGUUGGGAGAUGAUGAUGACACUUUGAUGAUGCCCAUGUCCUCAACUUUCUGGAACACUUGAAACCACUCUCAAGCCUACUAUGUGAGACUCACAGUUCAUUAUUAUUACUCUAAUUUAUAUAUUUGACAAUAUAUACAAAUAUAAACUUAUAAUCAAAUGGUGUAAUCUUUCUUGUCAGUAA